UAGUGAGUUAAAUGUAAACCUAUACAAUAAAAGUAUUAUUCAUAUUUCUUUUUCCAGGUUCACAUGAUACAAUAUGUUCUCGUAAGUUCGAUAUUAACUAACUAAAACAUUAUUCAUACCACGUUUUCAGGUUUUUGCAAUAUAACAAAUUAUGGUGAGUUCGACAUUAAUUAGUUAAUAACAAACUAAAUUCAUACCUCUUCUUUUAGGCCCAUGUAAUAGAAAAAGAAAUGGUGAGUUCGAUUUAAACCUAUAAACUACAAGAAUUACUUCUAACUUUUCUUUCAGGUUCACAUGAUAAAACACUAUUGGUGAGUUCGAUAUUACUUAAUGAACAGAAAACAUUUUUUAUAUCUUUCUUUUAGGUGUUUAUGAUACAAGAAAUCUUCAUUCAUGUGAUAGAAGAAAAUAUUUAGGUUCAUAUAAUAAAAUAAAUCAUGCUUCAUGUAAUAGAAAAACAAAGAAUGAUACACAUCAUAAAAUAAAUAUUGAGUCAUGUGCUAGAAAAAAAGAGUGA